UAAGAGCAUUAGAUUCCUCGGAAAAAGGAUGUGUAUAAUACCUGUAUAGAACAUAGUCGACCUCAAGCAGUCUACAGGUAAGAAAAUACCAUGUCUAAAUCGCAUAUUUUCUACAUACAUAAAUAAAAAAACUCGUGAUAUUUACGGUAAGAAGCUGAACUAUCAUACAUUAUUUAUAAACAGACAUUUCUCAGCCUUUUAAGAAUUACUAUGGAAGACGUUAAAUGUUUGGACACUUUUAACAUAACUGUUUUUAACGAUAUAGACUCGGUUACUGAGACAGACAGAGAUGAGAAACCUUUAUUGAAUGAAACAACAGUUCCUGAUCAAAGAUCGAUCCAGAGAAAUAUUCCUGAACAUUACUGUGAGAUCUGUCGGAAAACGUUCUCGUCCGAACACGAAGUUUUCACCCACAAGAACACAUCAUAGAAAGACACCCCACAACUACGGAGUGUAUGGUAAAUAUUUUGUCUUUAACAGUAAAUUGACAACACAGAGAAGAACUGGAGACAAACCAUUUCAUUGUGAUAUCUGCGGAAAAUCUUUUGUGUCUUUUAAUAAAUUAACCAGGCACAAACGGAUACAUACGAGGGAAAAAAGCCAUCAAUGCGAAAUCUGUGGUAAAUAUUUCUCUCUUAGUUCUUGCCUUGUUCUUCAUAAACGAACUCACACAGGGGAAAAACCUUACCGUUGCAACACCUGUGGCAAAUCGUUCUCAGGUAAAUUUAGCCUCGUCGUUCAUUCUAGAAUCCAUGCGGAAGAAAAACGUUUCCGAUGUGAUUUGUGCGGAAAAGCUUUCACUCAGAAUUCUCACCUUGUCGUUCAUAAAUCCAUCCAUACCGGAGAGAAACCCUUCCUCUGUGAUAUCUGCGGGAAAUCUUUCGUGUCGAACAAUAAGCUGACGAGGCAUACGAGGGUCCACACGGGAGAAAGGCCUUAUCAUUGUCAGAUCUGUGGCAAGUCCUUUUCUGCGAGUUCUUGCCUUGUUCUUCAUAAACGAACUCAUACGGGGGAAAAACCAUUCCGUUGUGAAUUAUGCGGAAAGUCGUUCUCGGGUAAGUUCAGCCUUGUAGUUCACACCAGGAUUCAUGCCAGAGAAAAGCCAUUCCACUGCGGAAUCUGCGGAAAAUCCUUCUCUAGUAAUUCUCAUCUUGUCGUCCACAAACGGAUUCACACGGCGAGAAACCGUUCAGCUGUGAAAUCUGUGGAAAAGCUUUUAUCUCGAAUAAUAAAUUGACAAGACACGUGAGGGUCCACACCGGAGAAAAACCCUAUCAUUGUGAGAUUUGCGGAAAAUCCUUUUCCGUUAAUUCUUGCGUUAUCGUUCAUAAGAGACCCACACGGGGGAAAAAACCUUCCAUUGCCAGCUCUGUGGUAAAUCGUUCCUCACCAGCACCCAGUUAAAAACCCACAAGCAAUACACAACGGCGGAAAAGUGUUCCACUGCGAACAAUGUGGCAAAGUUUUUACUGAUAAUUCUCGUUUUGUAGUUCAUCAGAAAAUGCACGCAGGGGAAAAACCAUUCGACUGUGACACUUGUGGAAAGGCGUUCAUGCAGAAAUCUCAUCUUGUAGUUCACAAACUUAUCCACACGGGAGAGAAACCGUAUCGUUGUGAAACUUGUGGAAAGUCUUUUAUUACUAACGGUUACUUAACAAAACACAAACGUUCACACACAGGAGAAAAGCCAUUCGGGUGUGACACAUGUGGAAAGUUUUUUUCCACAAAUGGUAAUUUAAAGACACAUAAACGACUUCAUACUAGAGAGAAACCUUCCAAAUGUAAAAUCUGAGAAAGAAAUUCUCUUGCAAGUCUGAGCUUUUGGUCCAUCAACAUGUAAAUGUCGGUAAGAAUUUAGGAUCUUUUCACCUUACAAACUACAGAAUUUUCUCAAUAAAGCCAAGAGAAAAAGACGUUUUAUGUGACACAUUCUACCACUAUACGAAGUUUAAAAGUGUUU